CACAAUAGAAACAUACUAUACUUUUGUUCGCUCAAUAAUACAAUAUUCCGAAUUCCAAAUGACUAAUCAAUCGAAAUCUCUCCGUUUAUAAAUCUUGAAAUUUAGGAGCCUAGUCCAUCUCAACAUUUCUAACAAUCUGCAUCACAUUUUAAAAUUUAGCCCAUUCAACUUAAGGGAACUCUUCACCUUCAGAACCUCGCGGGAAUUUUUUGUGUGUUUUACGGACUUAAUUGAUUUGUUACACCUGUGAUCUGAUCAUCUGUCCCACGCCGCACAUUAUGGACUUUGAGAAGGCUUUGGAGAACGCAUUCGCUGGCGGUAACGUAGGCGCCAUCACUGCAGCAGUCCUCGCAGAGAGAGCGUCCAAGUCAUUGGUCACGACGCUGAGUAAAGUAGCCAUCAAGGAGAUUGAUGCAAAUCGUUUCAACAAUGUCACUAUGCUUCUAAAAUCCAUUGAAAAUGUAUCGGAAUUGGAGGAAGACUUCGCAAAUUUGGCGAAACACGGCCUUAUUGUUAAGAUAAGUUGUCAAUUAUGUUUGGAACGUUUUCUUAACUCCCCAAUCAUGGCUGUGAUGUGCUGGUUUGAGAGUGCGCUAAAGGCUCUGAAGGGGCGAGGAGGGGCACAAGAGCUGCACACCCUGCUGGAGGCCUUCUAUGACUUCUUCUUGCUUGUAUGUCAGACCAAUAUAGAAGCAGGUAGAGGACAGUGGACCAGUCUGUUCUUACUGAAAUUAGGAGGGGUGGUGACAGACUCUGGGGUGAAGUUCGACUUACGAUUGGAGGCCAUUAGGACAUUUAACGCCAUUCUGGACAAGAUGACGAGAGAGGAGAGAAAGAAACUCAACCUAUCUUCAGAUCAUUCUCUGCUCCUUGGAAAGUUUGGCAAGGUGAUUCUUCACGUGGGGGACUAUGAGAUGCAGGUGAGCCUGUCCGAGGCUUUAUGUCGGAUGACAGCCAGGAAGUGGAGGAAGGAUCUAGCCACUGGUUGGUUCUCCAAUCCAGCCUUUGCCUCAUCCUUCAGCAUUAUUAAGGACGGAGAGUUUGAAGUUGAUUGUAGAACUUUUCUAAAUGAGGUGAACAGUUAUUUUGGAGAUGAGAGAAGGGUUUACACUUUUCCCUGCAUUAGAGUGUUCUUGGACAGCACUGAGCUGUUCAAACCUGAGGAUGACAACUUGGAACAGUACUGGAUAGACUUCAACCUCGGGUCAUCCUGUGUCAGCUUCUUUAUUAACGACCCUGAAGCAUCUCUCUGGGAGUCAGUACACCUUACCAGAGAGAUUGUGUACAGAUACUGCAUCAGAGACUGGGAUGAUCAGACUGUUCUUACCAUUCACCUGACCAAUGCCAUCAGCCACCACAAGACCAAGGGGAGGAUGGUGCAGAUCUUUUUUGACUCUUGUCAGCCCAUUCUACAGGCAGCCCAGAUGGUGUUCCACGCUUCAUCUCUCGUGCCAUAUAUUCCAGAAGAACAACAGCCAUCCCCUGCAGACCCAAUAAACAUCCUGUCUACAGACUUCCAUAAAGGAAAACCUAAGCAGCAUGCUUGUCCAGUGGAAGGAUCCGGAGUCAUGAUGCAGGACUUAUUUCAGUUUCCUGAUAACUCGUCUGACACAGAGGUGAACAAAGCCAAAAGUCAUCUUUUCAGUCAGUCAGGCUCCUCAGAUGGCUCCUCCCACUGUACCCCAGAAAACAAGGAGAAUCCAGCAUGGCAGCAGAGCCAUGGUGAAGCUGGAGGUGGUAUGCCCCGGAGCAAAUUGAACUACAGCAGGAAGAAACCUAGGACUAAGAUUAAGCUGAAGAUUCUUCCCUUGUCUUCUCCCAGCAGUACAGACGAGACCAGACCUGCUAAGAUUGCCUACAACAAAGGUAUUUUAGAGCAGCUGUUUGACAAAGACAGAGACCAAACCAUGGAGAUUCCUCAUUCAGUUAAGAUGGCUGGCAUAGACUCAGGAUUCCCAGACAUAACAACCCAUCAGGAUGAACAAUAUGCAUCUACACCAAUGGACUUUGCACCCAGCCAGAACCCACCAGCACCAAGGAAGAGACUUCUAGAAAUAUCAGAUUGUUGUGAGAUGCCUUCCAUUGGAGCCAAGAUGGAAAGAAAUGUGUUGGGUCCUGGCCUGAAACCCAGAGUGCUGUUUCCCUCCAGCCCACUAGAGGAGGCUACAGAGUCACUGAGCAGAACUCUGGUUGGGGAUGCGGAGUCAGAGACUGAAAUGGGCUCUGGAGUCAUCACUGCCUUCCAGACCUUCAAAACUCAACUGAGAGCACACUUCUCUUCGAGGUACAAGCAGAUAGAGGCCCAGUCCCAGCAGGCUCUGACAGACUGCCAGCAAAACGUUUCCUCGCUCCUCAGUGCUGUCCACCAUCACAGGUUGGGCCACCUGGAGCGCUUCCAAGCCACAGUUGUUCAGGAGUUGGGACGACUAGAGGACGACUGUCUGUCUCUUAAGACCAUUGAGAAGGAAACUGUGAGUUUCUGGCAGAGAGAGUCCCAGGCCGUAAAGUUAUUCUGUGACCAUCAGCAAAAGAGGUUGACAUCAUAUGAAUCGAGAGAGAAUGGCCAGACCGAGGCAUCAGAUGUUGUGGUAAACCCUCCGUAGAGAUGACAAGAGAUGAGGGAGAAGGAAAAACCUGUGGGCUGGCAGGCUUAACCAGUCACAUGAACACAUCUAAACAUGUCUGGACUUGUGGUGUCUUAGUUUUGAGUUUCCCUGGAAAAAAUAUUAACAAAAUGUCAUGUCAAGUUCAGGUCACCUCAGUUAAACAUUACUGUAAUAAAACAGAGUGGGAUGGACUCACGGUA